UAAAAGCAGCUGCAAUUUAGACAUGGCGUCUCCUUCGCGAAGGUUGCAGACCAAGCCUGUAAUAACGUGCCUAAAGAGCGUGUUGCUUAUCUACACCUUUAUCUUUUGGAUCACAGGUGUCAUCCUUCUAACAGUUGGUGUCUGGGGAAAAGUCAGCCUUGAUAUAUAUUUCUCUCUCCUGAAUGAGAAUGCCACCAAUGUUCCAUAUGUUCUUAUCGGCACUGGAGCGGUCAUCAUCCUCCUGGGCACAUUUGGCUGUUUUGCCACAUGUCGAGCAAGUACUUGGAUGUUGAAAUUGUAUGCAAUGUUCCUGUCCAUCAUUUUCCUGGUCGAACUGAUAGCAGCCAUUGUUGGUUUAGUUUUCAGGCAUGAGAUUAAGAACAGUUUUGAACAGGGUUACUUGCAAGCUCUCAAGCAGUACAAUGCUACAGGAGAUCCCAGGAGCCAGGCUGUGGAUACAAUACAGAGAACUUUGCAGUGCUGCGGAGUUAAUUCAUACAGUGAAUGGGGUCAAACCCAGUACUAUAAAACACAUGGAAUUCCCCAAAGCUGUUGCAGAGUCCCAGGCAACUGCUCCGAGGCAGACAUGAAAGAUUUGGGGAAGGCUGGAGGAAAAGUAUUUAAACAGGGUUGUAUUUCUUUGGUUACUACUGUUAUGGAGUCACGGAUGGGUGUUGUAGCUGGCAUAUCCUUUGGAAUAGCUUGCUUCCAGCUUGUGGGAAUGUUCCUGGCUUGCUGUCUAUCCCGUUAUAUUACAAACAACCAAUAUGAAAUGGUGUAACUAAACCCUGGCGCUGCAAGCAUUAAGGUAGUGUUCCUGUGUCAGAUUUGAGGGUGCACUGAAUCAUCAUCUGGGUAUGAUGGCACAGCAAAAAGACUCCAAGAAUAUAAAGAGAAGCUUUACGAAGAGGCCUUCUUACCCUAUAUUUCAAAUUGUUUCUUUUAUUUCAAAAUGCUUUUAUUAUUCCGGCUCCUCCCCACCCCUCCAAAAAAAAAAAAAAAAA